AUGCGAGCACACCAAGCAGCCCUGCUGCUCUCAAGCGUCGUGAACUCCCUCUCCUUCCGCUCUGAUACCUAUGCAACUCCCUCGCAGAAUGUCUCACUGGCGCCUAACGCAUCACGUUGGCCCAGCGGACUCCAUCUCGCCGUGGACUACUAUCCAUCCCAGUGGCCCGAAUGGAUGUGGGAAUCCGACAUAGCCCGCAUGGCAUCCAGCAACAUCUCCCUUGUCCGAGUCAAUGAAUUUGACUGGUCUGUUUUCGAGCCCCAAGAAGGCCAAUACAACUUUACGGUCUUGGACACAAUUCUGGAUCUCCUCGACAAGCAUGGUCUGAGAGCUGUUGUGGGCACGCCGACCGCAACGCCUCCGAAUUGGCUGACGGAGAAGUACUAUGUUGAUUUUGUGGAUCGGACGAAUACCACACUGGUGUUUGGGAGUAGGAGGCACUACAGUUUUUCGAGUUUUGAUUACAGGCUGCAAAGCCGGAAAAUUACGGAGGUGCUUGCGAGGCGGUAUGGGAAUCGGAGUGCUGUUGCUGGAUGGCAGCUUGAUAAGUGAGUACACUUGGGUGUCACCGAAAGCACGGUAGCAGCUGCUGAUGCUAUUUGAUUGCUUCUUGCAGCGAAUUCGGCUGCCACGAUACAGUUCGCAGCUACGAUAAAGACGCUAAGACCCGUUUCCGCACGUGGCUCCGAGAUAAGUACACCACGAUCGAGAGCAUGAACGACGCUCAAGGACGUGUCUUCUGGUCAUCGCAGUACGCAUCUUUUGACGCGGUGGAGCCGCCGUUCCUGGAAGUCUACACUCUCAACGAAGCUCACACAUUGGACUGGUAUCACUUCAGCUCGGAUAUGGUGAUCGACUUCGCAAAAGAACAGACCGAGAUCAUCCGUCAACAUGCGCCGAAUCACUUCAUCACGACUAAUAUGAUGGUUCUUUUCACCGACUUCGAUCAUCACAGGUUCAGCAAAGAAGUAGGCAUCGAUAUCGCUACUUUCGACUUGUAUCCUCUAGCUUCAGCGGGUUCCACCCCAGAAUAUUUAAGGACGGGAGAUCCUGAUGUUCAAGCGCUCCAUCACGCUCUAUACAGAGGCGUCUCAGGUGCGAGCUAUGGCAAGACGUCAGGUCCCUUUGGCGUGAUGGAGAUGCAGCCUGGUGUUCUCAACUGGAACCCGUACAGAGUCUCGCCUCUGGAUGGUAUGGUACGUCUCUGGACUCAUGAGACUUUUGCUGCUUCGGGAGAUAUGGUCAAUUACUUCCGCUGGCGACAGGUCCCGUAUGCACAGGAGCAAACGCUCUCCGGGCUCUUUGUCUCGGACAACUCCGAAGACGAAGGAUACACGGAGUCUCAGGUAUUCGCAAAAGAAGAUUUGCCACAACUAGCCGCUCAACAUGUGGUUGAAGAGCCUCAGGCAGACGUUGCUCUGGUGUUCGACUACACUUCUCAAUGGGUCUGGGCUAUCGAGCCUUACAGUGGAACCUGGUCGGUGAAAGAUGCAAGCUAUACGGAUCCUUUGCUAGUAUAUACCGAUCUCGUGUCUGCUUUCUACUCAGCCCUUCGACGCCUGGGUCUCAGCAUCGACAUCAUAUCCGCCGAGCAAUCGCUGACGGGUUACAAGCUGGUCGUCGUCCCCAGCCUGCCAAUCAUCCCGGAAGCCUUCGACAGAUCUCUCCAGAACUUCACGGGCCCGGUAGUCUUUGGCCCACACACCGGCAGCAGAACACCCCACUUCGCCUAUCCACCAGGACUCACGCCCUCAGCCGGGACACUGCGUGACCGUCUCCCCAUGCGCAUCACCCGAGUCGAAACGCCACCCGCAUCCGCCGGCAGCGGCGUUUCGUACGCAGGCACGACGUACAACAUUUCCGCACGGGAGGAAUGGAUUUCCUGCUCCCGAGACAACGCCACGAGCCACAUCACCAUCGUCUAUACCUCCCCGCAUCGACCAGGCACGCCGGCAGCUUGCAGCAAGAACCAUCUGCACUAUCUCGCUUUCAACCCGCCGGUCGACCUUCUCGUUUCGUAUCUGGGCGAUGUGGCGGGUAAUGCAGGGAUUCAAGAUGUGGUGGGGAGAAGAGCGGAUCAGAAAAAUGAUCUGGGGCUUACGAUGAGACUGGCCAGGCGAGGGGAUUUGCUCUGGGCUAUCAACUACAGCUGGGAAGCGCAAGCGCCACCGGAUGUGCCGGGUGACUUGAUCAUUGGCAAGGGAGGAGAUGUCCCAAGUGCUGGUGUCAUGGUGUGGAAGCUGAGAUGA